UCUGACUUCACUUUCGCCAGCUCCACAUGAACUUCGUACGACGGGAAGAAGAGCAAGCUCCCAAGCCAGCGCCGCUGUGGCAGGACGUCCAGUGGAUCUCCCCGCUGGUGUCCAUGAUCGUGUGGGCGUCGAUUGCAGGGUGGGCGGUGCAAACGUCUCCGAACCCGCGGUACUACAACACGUACAAUCCCACCAUCAGCGAGGCAACCACGCAUCCAUUCCAUGACGAUACUGUUUCGUACCCGCUUCUCGUAGGGCUCAGCGGUGCCAUUAGUGUCGUCGUGCCCGUCGUCCUCGAGUUUACGUUCCAGCAUGCGGUAUCGCGGCGGCAGUUUUACGUUACGCUCGUGAAUGUGCUGCUUGGCGCGGUCGAGGCAGUGCUGCUUACGAUUGCGACGACCGAACUCAUCAAGUUUAGCGUGGGGUACUUGCGUCCCAACUUUGCAUCCGUGUGCCAACCGCGCUUGGUCAAUGCCACGUACCAAUGCUCUGUGGAUUCCAACAAGUUUGAAAAGUCGAUGGUGUCGUUUCCGUCUGGGCACGCUUCCACUGGCACGGCCGCCGGGUGGUACGCCACAAUCUACGCGUUGUGGACGAUUUUCCAUCGCCCAUCGAGCCUGACCACCCGCACGACAUCCAUCUGCCGCCAAGCACUAUUCCUGCCUGCCUUAGCACCGUUCCUCUUUGCCCUUGGCGUGUCCGUCACCCGCGUGACAGACUUCAAGCAUCACACCGUCGACGUUACGAUGGGCACUCUCCUCGGCCUCAUCUUUGCCUCGCUCGUCUUUGUCCGGGUGGUCCAGACGUUGCCACGGCCGUAUCAUUCGGACGACUCGACGGCGUAGAUAGUAAACCGAACGAAGGACCAGUGAAGCAGUACUAUCUCCUGUGGUCGAGCCACAGCCAGCGAUCGCUCACAAUCGAGCCCCCACCCCGUGACAACCGGGCAUGCCAUUUCACACGACCCCCGAGACAAAACUCCAAAAUUCGCCACUACGCCAAGUUUCCACUGCUCGAUCCCAUUCGUCUUGGUAGUCUGAAUCUAGUUGUCGUGGUAUGUGCACCCAAGUCGGUCGACGAGGUCACGUUUCGAUGGGGGUUUACCGAUCCCCAAGGCUGCUUCAGCUUUGCAAUCAUCGCCAAACUGUUGUCCGUGCGAGUCGAAAACGGACCGCAUGCGGUCGACUAGAAAAGAACUUGUAGGGGUACCAUGCUGUUAAUCUCGAUCGUCCGACAGAAGUGAACUCGUUUCCUCUGUGUCUG